AUGGCCUCAUUCAGCAAUGCUACUUCUCAAAUCCAAUCCAUCAUGUCUGAGCAGAUCUCUCUUCUCGAUCUCCUCUUUCCCGGCUUUACACCCUUAUCUUCCUUUGUCUGGCCGCUUCUCAGCGGUGCCCCGAGCCUCUACGGACGGCUAUUGUGCAUCUGCGGGAUGCUCGUGCUGAUUGGAAAAUAUGGCCCGGAAUACUUUGGGACCCUGCUGGAAGCCCAUUUCACUUCAAAGAUGGAAGCCUAUAUUGGGAAUGAUACCAAGAAGCUACUGCACUACUCCCCCUGGAAUGGUCGCUUCUACUUCUGGCACAAGCGUUAUCUAUUUGUUUUCGAACGCAUGCAGACUCGCGGAGAGCUUGGGUUCAGCCGGGAGGAAGCCUCUAUUUCGUACUUCGGGCGGAAUCCAGAUGUUCUAAGGCAACUCCUCAAUGAGUGCCGCCAGCAUUAUUUAGGACUCAACAAAAGAGAUAUGUCGACCGUGGUACUCAACAAAAAGCUAAAGGAGAUGUUGGUAAACGACAUCUUAGAGUUCCUAAAUCUAACGACUUGGAAAUGGUACUCCACGCGCAGUAUUCCCUAUCAACGAGGGUACUUGUUUUAUAGGCUACCCAGAACUGGGAAAUCCAGUUUCAGCUUAUCCGUCGCAGAACAACUCAACUUAGACCUUUACAUCCUUAAUAUCCCUACGCUCGACAACUACAGCCUGAAGGCGCUUUUCGCAGAGCUCUCUCGGCAUUGUGUUGUCCUACUCGAGGAUAUUGAUGCCAGCACCUCGUCUGCGCAAAUGCCUGCUCUUAAGACGCUGUCUCUAUCCACUCUUCUCAAUGUUCUUGACGAUAUCGGGUCGCCAGAAGGUCGAGUGUUGAUUAUGACAACUAAUCAUAUCGAGCACUUAGACCCUGCGCUCAUACGCCCCAGUCGUGUGGAUACGAAGGUCGAGUUCCGUCUUGCCGAUGAAGACAUGAUCCAUCAGAUGUUCUUCUUCGUCUACGAUCCGCAGUCGAUAAACGUCACCGGAGACGACGAAUCAGAGCAUGGCGUCUCUCGGACUAGGGCAGAGAAGCUCUGCGACUUACCCCAGCUGGCGCAAGAGUUUGUGGCAAAGGUACCGAAGCUAGAGUUCAGUUCGGCUGAAAUCAUGUCUCUUUUGCUGGCAAACAAGCAAUCUCCCCGCCAUGCCAUUGCCAGUGUGGAUGGAGAGGAUCAGAGAUGA